CAAGAAAGAGUUUGAAGGACUUGUGAUGUGAAGGAGACUGAAACUGACUGCUUAAACCCUAAAAGCAUUAGAAUAUAACAUUGCUAAAAGAUAAUGGAAAACCCUAAAAUACCCCUAACCUAGUAGAGUAAACAAAAAGCUAACUGCCCUUUAACGCCGCCCCCUCGGCGCAGUUUUGGUUAACUCAGUUGAUGUUCCGGCGAGAAAUUUUGAUCAGGAUAAAUCCGUUCGUUGAUUCUCUAUGGAUGCAGAUAGAUUAAAUUCUCCACACACUUCUGCAAUACUCAUUGAUGUUCUUGGUCAUCAACUUCAGUUUUGCCAGGAUCCUAAUUCGAAGCAUUUAGGCACUACUGUUUGGGAUGCAUCUAUGGUUUUAGUAAAAUUUCUGGAAAGAAAUUGUCGGAAGGGGAGGUUUUCUCCAUCUAAAUUGAGAGGAAAGCGUGUGAUUGAACUUGGGGCAGGUUGUGGCGUAGCAGGAUUUGGCAUGGCAUUACUUGGAUGUGAUGUAGUUUCAACUGACCAAACUGAGGUUUUGCCAUUGCUAAUGAGAAACGUUGAGCGUAAUACUUCCAGGAUCAUGCAGACAAUCUCAGAUCCAGAUUCAUUUGGUUCCAUACAGGCAGCAGAGUUGGACUGGGGUAAUGAAACUCAUAUAAAGGCUGUUAGCCCUCCAUUCGACUAUAUCAUUGGGACUGAUGUUGUUUAUGCAGAACAUCUUUUGGAACCGCUUUUGCAGACAAUAAUUGCACUAUCUGGACCAAAGACAACAAUUCUGUUGGGUCAUGAAAUUCGAUCAACCAAUGUCCAUGAAAAGAUGCUUGAGACAUGGAAGAGACAUUUUGAGGUCAAAACAGUUCCAAAAGCAAAGAUGGAUAGUACUUACCAACAUCCAAGCAUCCAGUUAUACAUAAUGAGCUUCAAGUCACAAGGAAGUACCUCGGAAAUUGUUAGACAGCAGCAGCAGACAGAAGAGACUAAGAAUGGAUCAGACGAAGAUGAAAGUAAAUAUCAAGGUGAUGUGACUGACAAUGAGGACAAGGUAGACAAUAACCUGGUUAUGGAUCUUGAGAACAGAAAGCUUACUGAUUGGGAAGCUAGAAGACGUGGUGCAAUGGCUGCUAGACUUCUUCGCGAUGUCAAGAUAACAUAAAUUAGAGGUUCCUUGUUUCAGUGCAAAUAUCUAUGAGUUUGCCAUACUUCUCAGUUCUCUCACAUGCAUACAUAUCAACCCCUCUACGAGUCUGCAACAACAACAUUACCCAGUGUAAUCCCACAAAUGGAAUAUGAGGACCGUAGAAUGUUCACCUUACCCUUACCUUGUGCAAGUAGAGAGGUUUUUUCCGAUAAGAUCCUUGGCUCAAGACAUGCAUAGACACAACAUACUACUCUGCUUCUAUAAAGUUGGACAUAUUAACCUUUAGCAGUGUACCACCAGUUGCAGCUUUGGAGAUGUAAGGCCACUGGAUGCAAAGUACUAGCAUGUUAGACCUCAGUUAGUUUAUACUUUGUUUUGGGUAUUUCAAAGAUGUAUCAAAGAAAGAUGAUUUUCUCAAUGUAAGUUUAGAUGUUGAUGUUUUUACUAUUUUAACAAGACAGAAGAUGCUCAAAUUAAUCAAAGAUUUAAGGCUGAUUAUGUGUUAACUUUUA